AUAAUUUUCUGAAAAAAUAGCAUAGACUCAAUUUGAGGAAAGAAAGAGAAGACCGAGCACGACAAUGGAAAGCGGCGAAGUGGUAGUGGAAGAGGCCAAGAGGAGAUGUAAGGCCCUCAAACAUCGAAUUUCAACCUUGUCAACUACUACUCAAUCCUCAUGGAAAACUACCCUUUUAAGGCUAAUCAAUUCUGAGCUAUCUUUCCUCAACCGCGUUAACAGCUCACCUCUCAAACUCAGCACCAACAUUGGAUAUCUCGAAUCCGUCGUUCACGUUUUCCAACACCCACUAAUAACAUCCGUUUCACGAGUCUGCAAACCCAUUUCGAUUUCAUCCAAAGUUCCACAGCAAAGCAUUUACGUCGACAUAAUUUGUUCUUUUAAUGGAAACCCAGUUUGGUUCAUAGUAUCCGACAGAAAUCCCAGGUACAUUUCUUGGCAAGAUUCGGAGAAAACGAAGAAUAACAAAGGGUUAAGAAACAGAAUUGUUCACCUCAUGGUUGCUGCCGAAGAGUCGUGCGUUACAGUGAGGCCUUGUUCUAUUAUACUUUUCUUCUCAAAUGGGCUUCAAAGUUGCAUUAUUGAGAAGCUGAAAUAUGAAUUUGGAGCUACUACUGAUCUGGGGUUUGGAUUUUCUGAUUUUGAUUGUGAGUUUUAUGAUGAUUUAGAGGAUGGGGAUUGGGUAAGUGUACUAGGAAAGUCUUUUGAAAAGGCAUGUGUUUUAGAAAUAAAGAUUGGUUCUUUUUCUCCUAUUAAUAAAGAUGGACAAAUAUUAGCAGACCAAUCUGGGAAUUUAGAGAAGGUGCAUAUUAAGGAUGUUAGCUAUGACGUAAAUUUGGGUGAAUCUUUUAUUGCUCUUGUGUCAGCAUUGAGGAGUUGGUCCCCUUUUGAUGUUGAAGAAGCUGAAUUGGUUAAUUUUGAUACGACAGCACUGGUUGCUAUAGUGUCCGGGAUUAGUAAUGGAGGUAUUGAUCGGAUUCUUGCUACACCAGAGAGUGAGUUGAGGAAUCGGUUCAAGGGCAAUUAUGAGUUCAUGAUUGGACAGGUGAAUUCUGAAAUGGAAAAGCCAAUCCACAAGGAGCUGAUGCCUGUAAUAUUGCAAAAGAGAGGCAUAAUUUGUGAAAGUGUUUGUUCAGAAUUUCAGGAGCUUGUUUCAAUGUGUGGUGGGCCUAAUGAGAAGUCUAGAGCCAAGCACUUUCUGAAUCAUCUUAGGGUUGUACCAGAUUGCCCGUCAGAACGGCUGAUGAGCCUUCCAACAACCAGAAAACUGGCGUUAAAAAACAAGGUUGUUUUUGGGACCGGUGAUUACUGGCAUGCUCCUACUAUAACUGCAAACAUGGCAUUUGUUAGAGCUGUUUCACAGACAGGAAUGUCCCUGUUUACUAUAGAGCAUAGACCACGAGCCUUGGUUGGCGAUUAGUCACCUUGACAAUGACAUUUUGAUCCCAAGCCUGAGGCUCCAUAUUGGCUUAGUGAAACUUAGCCUAGAAUUUCGUCAUCUGAUAAUUUUCUGUUGAAAGAGAUGUUGAGAUACCCAAGCUUGGCGCUUCGUUUGGACUAAGAAGUUGUGAAACUUGCUUAGCUACUACACUUGUAUAUAUCAGAGUAGUUGAUGUUUUAUGGGCUUUUGUACAAUUCAUGCCUUGUAUAUUGCAGCUGCUUUUGUUAGCUAUGAUGCUUCUUAAGAUAAUAUGACCCCUCAAUUAUCUUAA